UUUAUAAAUAAUAUUACUAAACCAUGAAGGUCUUACCUAUCCUGAUAGCUGCAGGAGUACUAACUGCUGCUUACUUUACACUAUCAAGUUCUACUGUUGAUGAACUUGACUUACAGUUCACCCAGUUCACCACUCAGUUUGAUAAGAAUUAUCAAAGUGAAGAUGAAUACAACUUUAGAAGAAGCAUUUUCGAGAAGAAUCUUAAGGUUAUCAAUGAGCACAACGCUGAAGGAAAGUCAUGGACUUUGGGAACCAAUGAGUUCACUGACUGGACUGAUGAAGAGUACAAGAAACUUCUUGGAUUAAAGAGCACUGUCUCUGCAACUGCUCAAAGUGAGAAGAUCGGAAUGCUCCCAACCAACUGUAAAAAGAUGCCAAGAAAAGGAAUUGACUACAGAGGAACUAACAGAGUUGGUAGAGUUGUAAGCCAAGGAUCCUGUGGAUCAUGUUGGGCUUUCGCAGCCACCGCUGCUUUGGAAGCUGCUUAUGCUAAGGAGCAUGGAGAAUUCGUCAAAUUCUCUGAACAACACAUUGUUGACUGUGAUAAAUUCUCUCACGGAUGUAACGGAGGUUUGAUGGCUAAUGGAUUCAUCCACUGGAUGAGACACGCUCCAAUUCUUGAAAAGGAUUACGAAUACACUGCUAAGGAUGGAAAAUGUAAGGAAGAUUCUAUCGAUACUGAAUUCGAUGUUCUCCCAUUCGGAUACAGAGUUGAUGUAACCCACGAGUGCCUCUAUGAAGCUUUGACCCACAACGUUGUUGCUGUCUCUAUCAGAGCUGAAAACGAUAAAUUCAGACACUACGAAAGUGGAGUUAUUGAUGUUGAAGAUGACUGCGGAACUGAAAUCGAUCACGGAGUCACUCUUGUUGGAUAUGAUGAAGACGAAGAUGCCUGGAUUGUCAGAAACUCUUGGGGACUCUCCUGGGGAGAAGAAGGAUAUGUCAAGAUCAGAAGAGGUGAGGAUUACGGAGUCUGUGGUAUCAACCAACAGAACGCCCAAGCCGUCUAUGAUCAUUCUGAAUACUAAUUGCUGUAACCCCCUUGUAAUAAAACUCUCUGCC